AUGCGCCUCACACCGCGCGCUACCGAGGCCCCGGAGCCGUAUGUUGUGCCACCUUCGAAUAAGUUCGAUGGUGCCGAUGGGAGCUGGAGCACCUUCAAGAUCAGCGUUGGAACGCCAGGACAAGACUUUCGUGUACUGCCCAGUACGAAGGGAGGUGUCACAUACGUCAUUGCACCGGAAGGUUGUUUGGAGGGAGUCGACCCUACAGAUUGCCCACAACUCCGAGGGAUAGAGGUCUUCCAAAGCGCGCAAAGCACCGGCUUCCAGGUUGACGCGUCGACAACCUGGUCGGCGAUCGGGCAAUACGACGUCGAUUUGGAGGAUGCGCUCAACUACACAGGGAGAGGAUUGUUUGGCCUGGAUACCGUCACUCUAGGAUCAGCUGCGGACAGUAGCUCUUCUGUGUCGUUAACGCGCCAGGUCGUCGCUGCCGUUGCCGACCCGGACUAUUAUCUGGGAAUUCUGGGCCUAGGUCAGGCAAAGUCCAGCUUCAACAGUGGGAGCCAGCCGGUCGACUCGUUCCUCUACCUGCUGCGCGAAAGCAAGAAGAUCCCCAGUUUUGCAUAUGCGUAUACGGCAGGCGCGAAGUACAGGUUGAAAUCUGUAUUCGGUAGCCUGAUACUGGGCGGCUACGAUGCGACACGGUUCGAGACUGGCGCGAACGACUUCUCAUUCACCUUCUCACAAGACCCCUCCCGGCUCCUGACUGUUGGAGUGGACUCGAUCAUGGCUACAAAUACGCUGCAGGGCACCUACUCCCUGACUUCUGGAGCACACUUCUCUGUCAUUGAUUCUACCGUUCCGCAUCUGUGGCUACCCGCGGACGUGUGUGCUGAGUUCGAGACAGCCUUUGGCCUGACUUAUGAUCCUCAGACAGAUUUGUACCUUGUCAACGACACGAUCCACAAAGAACUCCUAUCCAAGAACCCGACCCUCACGUUCAAGCUCGUCGACUCCCUCGAAGACACGACUACAAAUUACACCAAUAUAGAGCUGCCGUAUGCGGCAUUCGACCUCCAAGCCUCGUACCCGUACUACACAAACGCAACGAACUACUUCCCGAUCCGCCGCGCCGCGAACGAUACACAAUAUGCACUGGGCAGGACACUUUUACAGGAGGCAUAUCUCAUAGUAGACUAUGAACGCGCAAACUUCACGGUUGCGCAGGCAGUCUUUCCUGAUCCUCUACCCGCGUCAGAAGUCAUGACCAUCAAAUCUCCGAGCGAUACCACUGCCACGCCAGCUUCAUCUUCAUCCUCGGGUCUCGGUGUAGGUGCCAUCGUCGGCAUAGUAAUCGGUGCAGUCGCUGCUCUCGCCCUGGUCGCACUUGGUAUAUUUUUCUUCCGGAAGCGUCGCGGCAAGCAGCAAAAAGAGCAACGAUACGAACUCGCAAGCAAGCACAUAUCGGAGGUUGGUUCAGGCACCGACAUCCUCGCUAGCAGCCAGCCGCACAAAGCUGUGGGCCCGCAGGAACUCCACGGGACACCGUUGACUGAGCUUGCCUCUCCUGUCAACGAGCAAUUCGUCGGUCAUGCGUAUCCGCAGGAUCAGAAGACAGUUAUCAGCAUGGCGGAUGAGCCACAAGAGCUGCAUGGCGAGUCAAUGAUGCCAGUCACACCUAGAUGGCGAGAAGUACAGCUGCCGCAAUACCCUGGCCCACGCGAAGCGGAUGCCGAGAGUAGCACAGGGCGCAGUGUGAGCGGCAUAGCUAGCGACGACGGAUACGCGACAGGCGAGUUUGGAGUACGCUCUGGCGUAUCACCAAUGACACCCCAGUUUCCACAGCAUAAAUAUUAA